AUGAGUGUUUACUUUCCUGUUAGUCAAUCUUCCAUAAAUGCCGUUAUCGUGAAAGGUCGUACUCGGCUGCUGAUGAGCAGUGACAUCUGCAGUCUUCAGACCAGAGGGACAUCCUGUUCAUUUUCUUCUGGUUUUUACCCUGGGAAGUCGGAGACAAAUUAUGUUGCUCUUUCUAUUUGCAGAAAACCGUCUUGUUCAACGAUUAUGGGCCAAACAAUCAGAGGAGGUUACCUUGGAUCAUGCUGCUCCAAGGAAACGGGAAAUACUCAAGUCUUUAGUUCUGUAGUAUCUGGGAAGAGACAUAGUGAUGUUUCAUUGUCAUGCCAAAGUAUGAGUAUGAGAAAGUCGGUUCCUAAACGAAAAAUGCUUUCCAAAGUUAAGUGCAAUGUCGGACGAAUAACUUGGCCACGUGGUUGUGCAUCAGUUGGCUUUAUUUUUGGAUUAUUUGUGUGUAAUUUAAGUUCUGAGCCUGCACAUGCUGAGACGGAUUAUGGAAACCAGAAUAGGAAAGAUGACUGCGACGGGUCAAAUGUUAAAUUAGCACACGGGAAGAAAGUUCACACUGACUAUUCUGUAAUUGGAAUACCGGGAGAUGGAAGAUGCAUGUUCCGGUCAGUUGCUCAUGGGGCUUGUUUGAGAUCAGGAAAACCCCCGCCGAAUGAAAGCUAUCAGAAAGAGCUAGCCGAUGAUUUACGGGCCAAGGUUGCUGAUGAGUUUGUUAAAAGAAAGGCAGAAACAGAAUGGUUUAUUGAAGGUGAUUUUGAUUCAUAUAUUUUACAAAUAAGGAAGCCUCAUGUGUGGGGAGGUGAACCUGAAUUGUUCAUUGCUUCACAUGUUUUGCAGAUGCCAAUCACUGUAUAUAUGUAUGAUAAGGAUGCUGGUGGGUUGAUAUCAAUAGCUGAGUAUGGUCAAGAAUACGGCAAGGAAAAUCCAAUUAGAGUUCUCUACCAUGGGUUUGGUCAUUAUGAUGCAUUAGAUAUUCCUAGAAGAAAGGGUUCUAAGUCACGGCUCUAG